AUGUCUUCAUCGUUUGCGCUGAGCUCAUUCACAAUUGCUUUAUUACAAACGCAAAGAUAUCUAUUUCAAUAUGGUGGACCAAUUCUUAUAACUUCAGGUCUUAUCGGUUGUAUAUUAUGUUGGCUCGUAUUCAGCAAAGCAACACUUCGUAAAAGCCCAUGUUCAAUCUAUAUGAUAGCAUUUCAAAUUUUUAAUAUUACAUAUAUUAUUACAAUUAUCUUACCAUCGGUGUUAUCUUUUGGUUAUAACGUAUCAUAUAUUACAAAUACAUUAGGUCNAUAUCUGUUUCAAUAUGGUGGACCAAUUAUUAUAACUUUAGGUCUUAUCGGUUGUAUAUUAUGUUGGCUCGUAUUCAGCAAAGCAACACUUCGUAAAAGUCCAUGUUCAAUCUAUAUGAUAGCAUUUCAAAUUUUUAAUAUUACAUAUAUUAUUACAAUUAUCUUACCAUCGGUGUUAUCUUUUGGUUAUAACGUAUCAUAUAUUACAAAUACAUUAGGUCUCUGUCGAUUUUCUAUGUAUAUGACAUACGUUUUAGAUGUUCUGAAUCCUAGUUGUUUAAUUCUGGCAUCUAUUGAUCGGAUUCUAAUUACAUCACAGAAUACAUUAACAAGACAACGAAGUACAUCUCGUCUUGCUUAUAUUAGUAUUAUAUAUGUAACAUUAUUCUGCUUUGUACUUCAUAUUCAUACAUUAAUGUUAAUGAACGUUGUUAAAUUUGGAACCAAUUUUUUACUUUGUUUUUCAUUAUCUUUUACAUAUCUUACUGUUUUAAAUUAUUAUAUGCUGGUGAAAAGUAUCAUUAUUCCAUCAAUUAUGACAGGUUUAGGUAUUUUAGCAAUAAGAAAUGUUCGAAAAUUAAAUUAUAAAAGAAUUGCUCCUCAAUCAUCUGGAAUAAACUUUGUCAAUCAUCGUAAUUUACAAGCAGUUCAUGCAAAAGAUCGUCAAUUAGUUCGUAUUAUUUUGAUCGAUAUUGGAAUUUAUGUUUUAUGUACGUAUCCAUUGACAGCAUCGAGAUUAUAUCAACAGAUUACUCAAUAUGAUAUGAAAACUUAUGAUAAAAUACUAGCAAAGUUUUCAAUUCAAUAUAUAUGCGUAUUCUUUAGUUAUAUACCAUAUUGUAUUGGAUUAUAUAGUAAAUUAAUCGUAUCAAAAACAUUUCGAAAAGAAGUGAAGAACAUUUUUUUAUGCAAAUAA